AAUGUGGCUCGUCGUCUGUCAAGAGAAGCUAGGCCAGCUGCUAUAUACUCUUCCGAUUUGAAGUGUUCUGCUGAGACUGCAGAAGUCAUAGCAAAAGAUUGUGACCUGUCAAACUUAGUGUUGAAUGGAGCACUGCGAGAGAGACACAUGGGAUAUCUCCAAGGUUUGACGUGGGAUGAUGCUGUGAAUAAAAGCCCAGGUGUUUUCAAAGCCUUUGCAAAUUUUGAAAUUAAAAAUGGUGUUGACUUUGAUGACAGAAACCAAGAAUUACCGGGUGGUGGAGAGAGCCUUAAUCAGUUAAGUGAACGCUGCGUCUCCUACCGGAAUAAAAUUGCUCAGGAUCACAUCGGGGAACGGGUGAUUGUUGUUUGCCAUGGUGCCGUCAUACUGGAGCUCCGCCGGCACAUUGACCCACCCAACAGCUCAAUUCGCAGGAAAAUUCGCAAUACCUCACUGACCAUUUUUCGCAUUUCCGGCGUAACCGGCCGGUGGAUCCUUGAGAGGUAUGGAGACAUCGUCCAUCUUGACGAAAAUGGCUUUCUAGAGGAUGCAUUUGGUGGAGACGGGGCUUCUGCGUAA